CGCCCGGUCCCCAAUCGGUCUGAUGAUGCGUGCGAGGGAUAAAGGCGUCCAGUGACGAUGGUUCAAGAGAGAGAGAAUUACGGGCAUGUCCAUCAUGUAUGUCUAUGUUUGUGCUUUUGGUUUAAGUUUUCAUUAAAUAUUAUUUAUGUUGACAAGCCGGUUCUCGACUCCUCCUUGCCCAUCCUUAACCGUGUUACAUUGGUGCCGAAGCCCGGGAAGGAGGAGGGAUACCCGUCGCAGAGUCCACCCUGGGGCGCCGCUGCCAUCUGCCGGGUGACGGGUAACGGCAGUCAUCCGCGGAGCAAGUGGGGACUGGAUAACCCGACCGCCUGGAGCGAGGGAGUGGCUGCCGGGGGUGGAGGAGUGCCCUGCCGUCCCCAGAGACGCGGAGGGGUCGAGGGAGACCGCCGUCCGCGAGGGGAGGAGGGAAGAAACUCUCCGACCGCCCGGAGUGGUAGAGCCGCUGCCAGGGGCGGAGGAGUGUCCCCAUUUGCUGCCAGAAAGCGGAGGCGCGUUCUGCCCGCUGGGGGUCGAAGGUUUCACUCCGGUUCACCCGGGGUUGGAGCGGCUGUCGUCCGCCUGAGUGUGGAGGAGUGCGACAGUACAUCAGAGAACCGGGCGAGGAAGGCGGGGAUGACCAUGCGGGACGCAAAAUACACCCCGCCCCAGGGAUGGGGGGGGGUGUACGUAAUGCUGGUUCACCCCGGCCUGAGAUAACGCCGGGAGGAGUGUGGAGCGGAGAGGGGCUGGGCCGGGUCGGAAUAUCGUGCGCCCGGUCCCCAAUCGGCCAGAU